GGUACCGAUAUUGUCUACAGAGAUUUAAAGGCCAUGUUUUGCCUAACACUUUUCAAAAUCUCGAUUUAUUUGCAGCAUUUGGCGCCAAACCUAGCAUUUCGAGAGCCUCAAGAAUAACAACAAAGAAAGGACAGCGUGGAACGAUCGGAGAGCAUUGCCCCGCCCUCAUUGCUUUGCUCUCUCGGAGCCCUGUCACCGUAUGUUGGAACCAGGACGACAGCCUGACCCAUUGGAAGAACCAAGCAAGUGGAAGGCGAUAAAGGGUUGCACGCUCUCGUGCUCGAGGCUGUGAGCGUUGCCCUUCGAUCGAGGACGAAAGAAAAUGGCAGACUCAGACCAAGCAGACGAAGUGGCAUCCCCAGAGGAUGAAGCUGAUUCUGUUGGCCCAGGAGAAGGAUCAGCCGCCCCCUCCGAAGACGGAGAAAAAGGAAUAGAAAAGAAUUACGAAUCAGAAGACGACAACAUCAGUGCUGACGGCGAUGAUGGGGGAGGAGAUGAAUCUGACUCUUCGAGUAGCAGUGGCAGCGAAGACGAUGAAGAUGAUGCAGUGCCAGAAAUUGAACGACGCAGAAGAGAGAACAUCAAAAGGAACGAGGCCGUGCUUGCUCAGCUUGGGCUUCAAAGCAAGGAUGAGGGGGGUGUCCUGGGGAAGAAGCAAACCUCUCAUCGAAAGCGAAGACGGACGAGCGUGGGGUCUGAUGCAGCCAACGCCGAACCCAAACGAAGAAGCAAAAGAUCAACAGGGGCAGUCAGCUAUGCAGAACAACCACUGCGAACAUUAUUGGAAGGCGACAAUCCAUCGAAACCAAAACCGGAAAAAAGGGAAGAUGGGCCCAAGAAACGAAGGGCGAAGCGACAACCCAAAGAAUCCACUAGAAUGGCGAGGUUCGUCUACGAUGAGUUUCAAGCCAUCAGCACACACAAACGGAGAGUAUUCAAAGAUGGAGAGAAGAAUCUGAGAUUUGCAGAAACAGAGUGUCGAUUCUGGCAGAAAAAGGCUGCAAUCGAAGAAAAGAAGGACCAAAAGUUUGUGGAGGCCGAGAGGCAACGCAAAGAAAUGGAGGAAGAACGACAAAUUUUUGGGACUUCUGGCAAAGAAUUUCUCCAGGAGUUGGAUCGACGGGCGCCAGAAAUAAGUGGCAAGAUUCGGCUUUACGAUGGCGUUCGAGGGAGUCAUGAAACGAGGGUUGAGAUUGAAGCUAGACGUCUCGAAAGCGAGAAUAAGUUCAAGAUUCUGGAGGCACGAUGUGCCUACCCAAAGGCCGUCAAGGAAACCAUACGGAGACUCAAUGCAUGUCUGUUGGAACGAGCGCCCAAAGACCCUCCACCACCGCGCCGAAGCAAACGAGUUAGUGAGGAUGCUCCUCCUGAACUUCAGCCAAAGAAACAAAAGGGAGGAUCCAACACAGGGGCGUCCACGGAAAAGGAUUCAUUGUCGUCAGAGUCAGCAGUGGCCAUUUCAAAUGCUACGGCGCAAGCUUUGCUGUCUCAAACAGAGUCCGACUUGGCAUCAAAAUCCUUCGAAGGAAACCAACAACCAGGAGCUUCUGAUAAUGGGAAAACAAAGCAGAAGAAAGAAAACAAACUUAACGUCGGUCAGUGGAUCUCACCAUCAUUUUGUGAAACUCUGAACCGCGCUUGGCUGGAGAAAGAUGCCGCGAGCAAACGCUUUGAUCUCUCGGCGUACGUCCCCCAACCAGGCGACACAGUCCUCUACUACCCUGCCGGCCACCGUGAAUUUGUCAAAGAGUUUCCGGACUAUCUGGGGAAGAAAUUGAUUUCUAGGGCACCUCUGUGGGAACGGGCGGAGAAAGAGCAACGAAAGUCAAAGAAAGCUGCCGAUGGAAAGGAAAACGACAACGAGCCGUCAGCAAAGUCGACAACAAACUCGUCGAAGAGAUGGUGGAACGAUGAAUGGAUAGAAGGGGUUGACCCGACGAAUGGAAAACUAGGACAUUACCCUAUUUUGUGUCGAGUCGACAAAACCCAAGCUGAGUUUCCACCGGACCCCACAAACAUGGUAGCCGACAAGGGCAGCAACACGUGGACAGAGACAACCGCUCAACCAAAAACCAAGGCGAAGAAGAAUGCAAAGAAGCAUGCUUUCCUUCGGCUUGCAGUAACGCUACGCCCCUUGACACCAGUGCUGCCUCCGUCAUGGACGGACAACGGUCCAACCGAUAAAGAAUCUCUGCCAACUCCUUCUGUGACUUUCACAGUUGUCACUUUUCCAGCGCCAUCACUGUCACCAUUCAUAGUACCGUUUGCAUGGACCUACAUUAGGAACCAUUUUUUGACAAUCAAUGAUACCGUCUCGGUACAGAGUACCAAAGAGGAAGAGCAAAAAGGAAAGAUCGCUGGUUUUGAUACUCUCGACGGAGACUAUGGAUCUUUUCGGGUUGAAGACAAAUCUCAUGUCUUUACCGAAAUAAUGCAAAGACGUGGAACCGACAACGUCGCAGCUUCAAAUGGCGGGAAAACGAAAGGUCGUCUUGGCCCGACACUACCGCCGCAUGAUACUGUUGUUAUUGGGCAAUUUCUGGCCAAUCUAUUGAAGCUUUCGAAUGUGGGGCAGGUUGCAGACCUUGCACAUAACAUUGACUUCGUUAACUUGAUUCGGUCAACUUUUCCUUUAUGGAAUGGCGUGUCUUUGCAAGCUUCCGUUUACGACAGAAGAACAUCUUGGGCACAUCCGUGGGACGUGAAGACAACUGGUUCCAAGAGGAAUCAAAGCCUGGCGCAGGGGAGCUUAAAGGAAUUUCUGAAUUUGGGUCUUCCAGUGACACUCGACAACGUGCUGCGCAUGAAAAUUGAAUGCACCAUUGAAGACAAACUGAAGGCAAACGGUGAACCCGACUCGGCAGAAUGGUUUAAAGAUCAGGUCACCGAAGACAUUGCGCCUGCGUACGGUUGUGCUGUGCCGAUUACUGUUUCGUUCUCGCGUAUCCUGACCCGUCUCAAGCAGCAGAAGCAGAAUGGAACUUCCGAAGAAGAUUCCAAGUGCUACUAUCGAAGCUUCGAAGCUGUCAUGGCAGACAUCACUGCCAUACAGGACAAUUGCAGCCUGUACAACACGCCUGAUUCUGUGGUUGUGCAAGCUGCAAAUGAAGUUGUCCCUGCAGUGAAAAAGCUUCUCUCUUCUGUACUGGAUGGACAUCUAAAGGAACAACGUGAGAAGCUGCACGCCGAAAAUGAGAAGAGGAAAUUUCUUGCCUCUGUAGUAGCUUCAAAUGCGGGUGCCGACCAAGAGAAAGAGAAAGCACAAAACAAACCACUUGACCCAUUCAUGUUUCCCUACAAGGGUCCACUCUAUCGUGAUUGGCUGCAAGCCACGACCCCCGAUGUCUCAUGUCAAUCUGGGCGCGGUUGCUUCUCUCAAUGGGUGCCCCAGACAGGUGAUACUGUGUUAUACGCUCGAGAGCUCCACUUGAAAUUUGUGCAAGCUCACUACGACUCGCUCGUGGCAAAUCAGCGUCAGAUACCACCAUCGGCUUCAAAUGGCGAUCAAGCUCCAGGAAUCCAAAGCGAAACCGAGAGGAAGUUGAAUGAGCCGUCUGAGUGGGUGGCAGCGACGAUUGUCAGCGUACAAUACGAAUUUCCCAACAAACCACCCAAGGACGCUGAAGGUUGCUUUGAUACAGAAGCAGCGCUGCUGGCUAUUGGGUUGAGGUUUCCCGACGCGAAUGGCACCGCAAUAGUUUACUGGCGGCCAUGCAUGUUCCUGUGCAAAAAUGACGGGGGAGAAGCCAACACCUCUGGAACCUGCAAAUUUUGUGGGGUUCGAUAUUCAACUUCGUUCUUGUGCCCUUCGUGGUGCGACCACUUUGGGAAACAGUUAGCGGAUAUCCUUCCGUUUCGAGCGUCUAGGCCGUCGGGAAUGAAAGAUGACGAGAAAUACACAAUUGGACGAUCGUUUGACUUGCUGAAGCUAAGAUGCGUUGAUAACGCCCCCUUCUUGGAUCCAGACCUUACCACGGAAAGAAUCAAACAAGGGUUUAUGCCCCGAGUCUUCAAGGCUUGCCAUAAACCGAUUCCCACAUUCGAGACCGCCUUUGUGGCUGAAUCCUCCGGCAAUUUAAAUGAAGGCGUCAUUGACGUGAAGGGCGUGAGCAAUAAAUCGGUUUCGACACUACUCGAGUCAAAUUUUCUCCCUCCUUGGAUGGUUCUAAAGGCUGAAGAGCCUGGGACGAAAAAGACCGCAAUUGGAUCCCUGGAGGCUUCCGUUUCGCCCUGUCCAAAGCUGUCGCUGGAACUUAUCUCCUUGAGAAUACGAAAUGGGUGCUACCGACAAAAAGAAGCCAUCGAGAGCGACAUUCUAGAAGCAUACACUACGUCGAUUUUGUGUGUUUUGGCGCAUCCAGCAAAACGGAAGAAGAACCCCAUAUCAAUCAAGAAAAUUUGCACUGUCCUCUCGUCGAGGAAGCACGAUGAAAGAGGAAACACCAAGAAUGGUGGCAAAGGCAGCAAAACCAAUGCCGCCACCCAAAAUAUUGCGCAAAAGGAGAAGAGCCCCAAAAAGGCAGCCUCGAGUCAAAAAACCAACGGACAAAAGGGCAAGAACCCCAAAAAGGCAAACGACGUUCAAACGGCAAGCAAUGAAACUGAAGAGAAACAACCAAAGCCGAAUGGUCGAAAGGUCCUGACUGAUGAGGAAAGUGAGCUGCUCGAGCGAUGCGGAAAAAUUCGAUUGUUGUACGCGACUGCGUUGGUUUGUGUGUCCGAGGUGACGCAUGUCAGCCACCUGGUUGGGCUCAAGAAUCUCAAGGUGUCUCGACAACAAUUGCGCUCGGAAAUGAUUAUCAGCUCACGUCACCACGUGGAGGCUGCUAAGGCUCGAAAAGAUCUCCUUGGAUUGCUUGAUGCCAUUAAGCGUGACAUAUGCGACAACAGAUACCCUCUUCUACCGCAACAUCGUCCGAAGGUAAACGUAAAAUUCCUUGUUGCCGGCAAGCCUGUCGAGCGGGAAAAGACUCCAGUGGUCCCGGUGCCCUAUGUCCCAGUUGCGGUGUCAUCAGCAACAGCAAAGGAAGACACGAAGCCCGCAGCGGCUGAACCGUCUGUUCCGACGCCGUCAACAAGCGAAAAACCACAACCUGCUUCUUCAUCAACAGCUGUCGUGAAGUCGGUGGCUGCGGAAGCACCAAUCUCCUCUGGUCUCGAAAACGGAACAAAAGGCAAAGUCUCAAGAAGCAGUGCAGCACCCGCCCUCGCUCGAGACUCAGUUACGUUUGAAAUUGGCGACUUUGAGAACGAUAGUGCGCUGUCUCGGCUCUGUUUUGGUAGAGAGAACAGGAACAACCCAUGUGCAAGGUGCUCUUUAGCGAGGAAAAGCUUUGUGUCAUGUAGAGUGAUCAAGGCCCACUCCAAUGUCGACUUCGACUUGGCAGCAUGCCUUCGUGAUGCUGGCGGUCUUGAUGCUCUAUUGAGAACUCUGCUGCAUGAGCCACCGCCCCCAGGUAGUGCUGCUGUACACCUCUUCGCUACUACUGGCGCUACAAGCACAAACACGACGCAAGAGAACCAUAUCGGCGGUGUCGCAGAGAAACCAGCAGAUGAGACUACUUCAUUGUCCAAAGCCAACACAAGCAGUGAGAGCCAGGAGGCAUCAUCGGGGCCAAAGUCUGAACCCACGAAGAGUGCUUCGGAGCACGAGGGGGCUGAAGCAAAGCAAGAACCGACGAAGAGCGCUGCGACUGGAGAUCAUGUGCCAGAGAACAAGGAGGGAGAGAAAAACGAUGCGGAUUCGAGCGUUCCUGCGCAGGAACAAAGUGUUGCCAAGGAUGUGAGCACGGCUAUUCAAAAGGAAACUACUAAGCCAGAAGACGAGGUUGUUAAGGACGUUAAGGACAGAUUCUUCAACCGCAAAAAGUAUCAGGAAGCUCAGGCUCUGCAAGCAGAAGCGAAGCAAAUUCUCACAUCGGCUACGCUCUACCGUGAUGCUCCUGCACGUCUUAGUGACGUUUUCAUGGACGAGAACUUCCCUGUAGAUCCUUCAGACGGAAAGUACGCUUUCUGUGUUGUUUGUGGCCUUGACGGGGGUAUGAUAUGCUGUGACACGGAAGGCUGUCCGACUGUCGUCCAUGUGAAAUGCACAACAAUGACCGAAGUGCCAGAGGGGGAUUGGUUUUGCGACAAGUGCAUCGGCAAGCGAAGUGGCGACAGUAUCGGCGAGGUAGAUGACUCGUUGAGGUCUGGCACGAAUAAGAGCGGUCAAUUUGAUUCAAAGGCUGAGGUUUCUGGUCACAGCAAACCUGAUGUUUUGAGCCAGGAUUCGCGAGAGAUUGUGCCGUCUGAGGCGAAAACGAGUGACUCUGAAGCCUCGGCUCCUCUGGUACAGUCUUCCUGCCAUGCCCCUGCCAACCCUGCUUUUGUUAUGCCCCCGUUGGUUCCGUUUGACGACGCCAAGGCCACGAAAUUGGCAGCACGGUUGGAUCAACUCUUCUAUCUCCGCACCGGGCACCACCGAAAAAGUAGGUCUGAGGAGGUUUCUGAAGCCAAAUCAAAUGCCAAGGCGGAGGUCAACCCUGAAUCGAAAGACGAGGCGACUGAGAAAAAGCCUGAAGCCAAAGAGGAGGCGAAAGAGAAGGAAGAGCCAUCGAAGGAGGUGGAGCAAGAAACAAGAGCCGAGGACGGAAUAAUCCCCGUUGGGACGGUGUUCGAGAAGAAGUUUCGAGGACACGGCACCUUUGAAGGAAGAGUUAUUCAGUUGCCAACUGAGGAUCACCAGUACUACAGAGUCAAAUAUUCAGAUGACGAUGAAGAAGAUUUGACGCCGAACCAAUUGCUACGUCUUCUCCAGAGCAAGUCGAAGAAGCCUUCAUCCAAGCAGAAGACUGUUGCAAAAAGCGGCGGCGAAGACAAGAAGAAGCGAGGACGCCCGAGGAAGCGACCUCUCGAGGAUUCGAACGAAGGCCCAGAAUCGUCGAAGGAAGCUUCAGAACCUGCUCCAAAGAAGCGAGGAAGGCCCAGAAAGAAUCAGGACGAAUCAAGCGAUACCGAUGAGGUUAUUAUUGUGCAUCUGAAACCGCCAACAACGGCAACGAAAGAAACGACAAACGGCAAGAGUGUAGACGGCAAGCCCGAAACGGUGUCGGAAGCCGAAAGCAAGGAACAACCCAAGGAGAAGGCCGAUGGCGUCAUGGAAACAGGAACACCAUCUUCUGAAGUCACACCGGAUUCACACACACAGCCGUCUGAUGCUGACGUUGCAAGCAACGAAAGAGUCGAUGACAAGUCCACACCUUCGAGGAGCGGGCGCAGGAAGAGGAGCAAGCCGGACCGGUUUGUCGAUCGUUACGCCAUAUGAUUUUGUGGCUGCAAUGGAAGUAUCUAUCAAUCUGCGGCUGAAAAUGCGGGAACUAUUUGCCUCGUCCUCCGUCACGGUUGAUGCAUCAUUCAUUCAGUCAAAGAAGCAAUAAGUCUAACAAGAAUUACAGUGCUACUUUUCAAUUGGUGAGGUUGGUUGGUGCUGGACCGUACCGGUGUUAGUUGCACUAAGCUCUCUUAUAGUUUACUUGCUAUUGAGAUACAGGCAGCUUCGGUUUUAAAGAUUAAACGCGUGCCAGGUUUUCUCUAACACUUCUACGAGAGCUCGAGUAGAUGUGUACCAUGAAGGUCGGCACGCGUUUGCAUCAAUAAAAUCGAAGCUGCUCGUACUACUGAAAAAGUGGGUGGGCUACCAGUUUUGCUACUGGCAUCAAAUUCUAGUACAGAGGUACAGGUUGAAUCCCUAAUCGCGAAUCCCCAACACACUCCUGUGGUCGUCGAGCUUGUCCUAGUCGUCGACCAUGCUUACUUACUUACUCCGCUUAGCGCUCCUUCUUUGAACGGACCUUCUUGUCCGGCCGUGACCCUCCUACUGAGUGCCCUGGCUCUGAGUGUUCCACAACACCCAUCAACUUGUCCACAUUCUGUUUGAACAGUCGACCUUGGUUCGGCUUCGUCCAGAAGUCCGCAACCAUAUCAUCAGUUGGACACCAGUCCACACUGAUCUCCUUCUUUGCGACUCUGUCGCUCACAAAGAAGUACCUAAUGUUGAUGUGCUUCGUUCGUUUACUACUAGAAGCUUUGCCGUUCUUCUCUAGAAGUAUGGCACUCUUGUUGUCCUGAUAGACUAUAGUUUCUUUAACUACAUAGCCUUGCUCCCCACGGAACUGCCUCGUCCAAAG